AAGGGGUGUAGGUUGAGUAAGUGAACGAAGAUUUCUAUUUAUUAGAACUGUGUCGCUUUGGCAUUGUAUUAGAAGAGGAAUUCUCCGGCUGGGAGGUGGUUUACUGCACACUAGAGAACCACACGCCACAACACAAAACAAACAGACAUACAUUCAUACACACACACACACACACUUAUACAUAUAGAUAUUUAUAUAUAUGUAUACUUGUAUGUCUACACAAACGUUGCAUCGACAAAUAUACAUGUAUAAAUAUAUCGAUAUAUGCAUAUAAGUAGAAUAUAUAUAUUGUAUACAUCUUGCGAAACACAUCCGGAUCGGAUCUCUUUUCUUUCAAAUUAAUCUUUUCUUACGGAAAACAUUUACCAAGGAUGAAGUAUCUUAACAGCUUUUGUUUCCUUCUGCUGUCUCUGUACUAUCUCUGUACUGUCUCAGCAUUAAACCGAACCGAGGAAGAUGUCACUGACGAGUUGGAAGGAUCGACGAGUGAAGUAGAAGGAGCAUGGACCAUGUGGUCCAAGUGGUCGAAAUGUAGCCAGUUAUGCAAUGGAGGACUCGCGAAUCGAACCCGUGCCUGCAUACACAGAUAUGUAGGGGAGUCGUCGGAGACAGCGAAUGCGAAAUGUAAAGGGAAAAAGACAGAAACCAAAGUCUGUAACCAAAACGAAUGUCUUGGCGGAAGUGUCAGACAGGAAUUGUGCAGACCCUAUAUGCACCGGAAGUUCUAUGGCAAACGUUAUUAUUGGCAAGCUCAUAUUGACUGUGAGUAA